AUGCCCAGGCCUCGCACUCUCGAACAGCAGUUGCAGAAGUGCUUUCAGAUGGCUCUAGCCAAGGCGACAGGUGGAGAAGGCCACCUGCACCACCUGAUCCGACGAGACCACAGCCAUUGGCAAACACAGGCUGCCGGAACUUGGGCCUUGGGUCAAGAGAAGCCAGGAUUCAGGAUGCCAUUCCAUUUAUUACUGUAUGUCAUUUUAUUGCAGUUAGCAAUCUUAACGAAUUGGCAAACUUGCACCUGCUUUCUGAAUGUAGCUUGCCGAUGGCACGUUUACGCAAAACGAGCCAUGCUUUGCAAGUUUUGCUUCACCCGAACAAAAGACAUAGAACCCUACGCGCUCUGGGCUGCAUGA